AUGGCCGCACAGAAAGAGCGUCGCGAGUCGAUGAGUCGUGCGAGAAAUAGUCUGGUCUUUACAACGCUCGGUCCUGGGACUUCAUGGGUCCUCUGGCUGGACAGUGACGUCGUCGAGACACCGGCCUCUCUCAUUCAAGAUCUAACAGCUUUCGACCAGCCUGUUAUUGUGCCGAAUUGUUUUCAGCGCUACUAUGAUUCCUCGAAGAGGAAGUGGGAUAUCAGGCCUUAUGACUUCAACUCCUGGGUUGAUAGCCAGACCGCGCAGAAUCUCGCCGCGAACAUGGGGCCUGAUGAGAUUCUCUUGGAAGGCUAUGCUGAGAUGCCUACGUAUCGCACCUUGAUGGCGCACUUGCCGGAUAUGAAAAAGCUUGAUCCGAAGAAGAUGCUCGCUCUUGACGGUGUUGGUGGUACGGCCUUGUUGGUCAAGGCCGAUGUGCAUCGUGACGGCGCCAUGUUCCCCGCCUUCCCGUUCUUCCAUCUGGUGGAGACGGAGGGCUUCGCGAAGAUGGCUCGCAGACUGGGAUAUGAGGUCAUUGGACUCCCAGAUUACUUCGUCUACCAUUAUAACGAGUAA